AUGUCAAAAAUUCUAAUACUUCUUCUAUGUUCCCUGCCAACAAUCUCAGCUCAAUCCUGGCUGACAGAAUCCGAAGCCCGAUAUAUCGCUCACACUCUAAUCCACGAUUCCAUCGAUGGAACUCCAACGGCUUCGAAUUUCCGGAAAAUCUUCACGGAUCCUUUCAAAGAUCACGACACUUCAAAAUCGAUUGAUGUUCUCGUUGGGGAGUUCAAAGCCAAGUUUCAACCAUCGAAUAACAUACUUUUCGGGGAUCGUGAAAUUGCUGAAAGUAUUUCAGACAAUUUCGAGACGCGUCAAGCUUUCGUCUACCAAAAAAUGAAAAUCUAUUCGCCGCAAACUCUCAGCACAACUUUCACAUCUUCAAAAGAUGAAAAACUUGGAAAAAUCGAUUUAGAAGCUCGUGUCAAGUGUCAGAAUCUUGAUGAAAAAAAAUAUAAAAUUUGGCAUCUUCAAAGCGAUUUGAGCUUCAUUUUCGGAAUUUACACAGGAAUUUACUACAAAGUUCAGCGAGUUGGAAGAAGUUUGUAUUUGUAUGAGCUGGAAAAGAAUUGCACAAAAAUGAACGGUGUGACAGUGUGCAAUAAAAUUACAUAA